AUCUUUCUAUGCUCCCUCCUACGUUUUGAGUUAAUUUGAUUGGUUGCGCAGCGAUUGGAUCAAUAAUAAUCUUAAUUAGAAGGAGGCCCAAUGCAUUUAACAUUGAUUGGAAAGCGUUUUUCUUCGCGAGCAUAUUCGUCAUGAAGGCACUUGCGCUUCUCACUGUAUACGUGUUGAUCAAUUCGCUGGAUGCAACUGUUACCAAGCAAGACAUCCGGGAUAUAAAUGCUUUGAUUACAACCUUACAGAGAAAAAUUAGGGCUAUGGAAAAUGCGAUGAAAUAUAUUGUUACGGAAAAAAAAAGAUUCAACGACAUAAUCGGGAAAACCGACAGAAGUCUGACCAGUACUAUUAAGAAACGAGUAGCAGAUUUGAACAAACAUCGCGCAAACGUCAAAAGAGAUGUGUUAAAGCAUGUUGUUGGUUCGUUCGACCAGGCUAAAAAAAUCGUUGCAGGAAAAGCUGACAGUAUUUUUAGAAACAAAGCAGCCAGCGCUAAUCAAGACUACAUAGCAGAAACGAAAGCUGUUUCACCUAAGAAACAAACGAUAUCAAAGUCCGUCAAUUCAUACGCUAAGUUACUAGGAAGUAAAUCAAGAACACUGGUGGCAAAUUUUAAAGGGUUAGAAUUAGAUCUACAGGUGGCCGUUGGCAAAAAGAUCAGUUCAACCGAUAGCAUCGCUGAAGACCUGUACACCCUCAGUCGACAAGUGCAACUGCAACAGUUCAAUGAGUAUGAGAAAGCUCGCUCUGAUGGAAAUUCAGGAAUUAAGCAAGUCAGAUCAUUGCAAGGUGGGCUGAAAAACUAUUACUCCAACGAUCAUAAUGGUAGAUCAUUUAUGGGAAUUCAUAACAGAGAGACAACGAGAAGCAAGGUUGGUAUCAGCGAAUUUGUCGCUGUUUUGAAUGGAAUCGAGUUUCGUGCUGGAAAAGAUUCUUACGAUCUUAAAAAAGCAGUCUCUGGGGAUAGGACGCUCCACAAAACAGAAGCUGUACCUUUUCCAACUGUUCCGAACGCCGUAUUAAGUAAAACUGGUGUAAAAGCUCAAAUAGAUGAGAUGAGGGAAUGGUUCAAAGCAUUUCAAAAUGAGGAUCAUUCACAACGAGAUUACAGAGACUACUUCAAACCAAUCAUAUCGUAUUUAGAAGGGGCGUGGUUAAAGAAUCUUGACGAUGAAAAAAUGCGUGAAAAGAUUCAUUAUUCAUCGUUUACCGGCUUAUCUGGUCACAAUAACCGUCUGGAAUAUCUUCCCCGAAAAAUUAUGGGGUUCGCUGAUAAGAAACCUGUAUAUUCACAAUGGAACUACAGAAUUCUUUCGCAUCGACUUCAGCGUAGUUUGCCAAAAAGCUUUUUAAAGCUGGUGAAUGAUCCAGUUACUGAGAAAAGACUUGGUAUAAGUAGGACAACCUACAAACACUCUCCAUCUGCGAGGUUUGAUAUUGAAGGAGUAACAGUGACUGGCAAAAGAACGGAGGUGCCAUUAUUUUAUACCAUUCUGGAUGAAAUCAUGGAAGAAAUUCCAGGUAAAGAGAACUACGGGGGAAGCAUUUUUUCAGAUGGUUUUGACUCUCAGAUUUUUUCAGCUCAUCCCAAUAAAAACAAAGAGAAAUUAAACACGGCCUACUAUCACCGAACGUACAAACUGGGCCAAGAAGACGCAAUGGGUGUUGAUAAAGCGCAACGCGGAUUUGCUGAUCGUUUAUACAUUGCUUCAAACAAUCAAGAUGAAAUUGCAGGAGUACAGUGCGAAACAAAAAUAAAUCGCAAGGAAGUUACAGUAAAAGCCAAAGUUUCGUACGCCAUUCCACUGGAGUUUAUAUUCCUUAAUCCUCUCCAUGAGUGGAACCCUUACGAAAUAGACUACAAAGAGGACUGCAGUCAAGUCCAAGGCACCGGCACCGAAAAUGACCCCUUCAAUGCUGCAUGCCCUGACAGGCAUUUCCUGACCCCAAAUUCUUUUUUUGUUGGUGGAGAAGCUAACACAUGCUCUACGCCGGAGAAUGGCGACACAUUGUUUUAUUUCACUUCACCAAAGACCUCAUCUCCGGUUUGUUUGAGGGCUUCAGGUGUACGGAUUGUUUUGCCAAGAAUACAUGGUGUGGAUGAACAGGUCAGACAAAGAUAUCCCAUUGCGCCAAUCAACGGAGAAGGAAGCUCGGUGUGGAAGAAACUGAACGCAUUCGAAGACGCUGUCCAUUUUUCAAGUGGAGAAAGUUCAGAGAAAGCAACUUACAACACGGGAGAGUCAACAUCGGACAAAGUUCCAGCACAUAGACAUGCGGUCGUACUGACAGUCGAAGAACGUAACAGUUUGAUCAAUGGAGAAGUUUCUUCAUUAAAAAAAGUAACGGAACCGGGGAAGCAUCGCCAUAUUCUCACAAUCAAACUGAUAACAGUUGACGGCAAGAAAAAGAUUGGGGCGAGUUCCUGCGAUUCUGGUGCUUCCGACGACAAAGUAUGUUGGGACAAACACGAAAAUGUUUUCAUUGAGGUCAAGUGAAAAGCUAAAAGAACCAACUAAUACACGCAGAAUUAUUUUUUUGAAAAACCUUUUUUUAGCACUUUGUAACCUUUGUAAACUCCAUUUGUAUUCCUUACAGAUAGUAAAAAUAAUUAAGUCGCAUUAAAAA